CUCAAGGCUGAAAGGCCACUUGAUACCUGGUAGGGCGUGUUUGGGAGAUGGUGGCCCUGAUGGCUUUGAGAGAGCGUGCUGUCAUUGUGGCUUGCUUACUGGCAGCCUCAUUCGGAUACAGCGAAGAGAACAAUUUGCUUCGAGAUGAUGAGUGCAAGCAGUCCGGAAGUUCUUGCUCUCAAUAUGCACUGCAGAGGCGUGCUCGUCGUGCUGAGCUAGAUGAAGCCUUCAACUGCAAGGAUUUGCAAGACAUUGACAAUGCCAAUUGCCAGCAAGAGGUGACCUGGGCCAAAGAAACAGGACUCAAAGAGCAUCCCGAAUGGUAUCCUGGUCUUUCGUUUGAGUCUAGCCCUUUGGAGUUUCAGUGCAAGGUCUACCAAUCCAACCCAGACAAGUGUCCCAAGCCAUGCGGCGUCUCUUGCAAAAAAACCAGUGCCCCAACACACGGCCCCUGAGCCGUUCAGCUGCGUAGGGAAAGAAUCUGCAGAAGCAUGCUUGUGCGUCUUUGACAUCGACCGGACGCUGACCUCUAAGCAGGGAAUGCAGGAGCAUUGCCCUAACUCCAAGGCCACAGACGAGGUUAUCGAUACGGCCUACGGAGGAGGCGACCUGGUCCUAUCGGAGCUUGCAGCUCUUGGACUGUCAGAAACGUUUUGCUCAAAAUGCUACACCGGCAUCGUAUCGCACGGAGAUGGCAGUGGUCCAUUCUCCAGAGAGAGGAAGGAACUUUUGCAGGUGCGAAGGGCGAGAGAGCGCGCGGGUUCAGGCAUUGGCAUUGUUAUUAGCACAUAUUUGCACAUCAGCAGCCAGCAGCCUCGCUCGGCCAUGUUAGAAGCUAGUCUGUGUGCGCAUUGCCCUACUUCGCCUGUAAGAAGACUUGGGGCUAUCAAUGCUGGUUCGAAGACUCAAACAAAACUGCAAAACUUUGGUGUGUUCUGGAAUAUUCAUGACGUUGUUCCUGAGCGCGUCCUGCACGUUUUAGGCUUUGAAGACAAAUGCCAUG